UAGAUGGAGAUGGAAGGGAGAGGGUUUUAUAGUUCAUACAAGAAUUCAAGUGAGGAACUUUUCAUGAAAACAUUGAUGGAUAACCCUAUUGGAGUGCCAAUACCAACCAUGGACAGCUUUCGAACAGACAGUGAAGAACUCUUCAAAAGAUGGCUGACAAAUGACCAGGGAUGCAGUUCAUCAAGUAGAGGACUUCCUAGUAGACUAUCACAACGGGUGUCAUCUGAACUAUCUAAUUUGUCCAAUCAGCAAAAUAUGUCUGCAUUUUCUGAGGGAAGGAUUAUGCAAUAUGAUGAUCCUAAAGCUAAUGAUUAUUCAACUGUUUUCAAUCAAUUUUCUAUAGGAGAACCUAUUGAUGAAUUUCUGCAAUCUAGUAACUUGUUUCUUGCCAAGGCUUGGUUUCUUACUGAUCAACGAAUGACUAGAAGCCGGUCUUCUGAAUUGAGGCAAAGGUAUUCUGAAAUGCGCAAUGAUCAAGUAGCACAAGGAAUAGAAUCUGUGCACAUGUUGGCUACUCAAAAUGACGCAAACACUACACAACAACAAGAAGUUUCAAAUUUAAACAGUUUUGAUCACCUUAACCAAAAGGGCGCAUUCGCAUCUCUGUCGAAUUCGUCUUCAUCAACGUUCUAUACACAUCAAUUAAACGAUAACACGGAUAAAGUCUCUUCGUAUGUAAACAUGCUAAAAAAUUCAUUAGAAUCUAAGCGACACAAUGGCCGAAUAGAGAAACAAGAAGUGGAAGAUAACUCAAAUGGACUAUUUAGUCUUCAACAAGAUUCUUUCUUCCAAACUAGUUUUGGUGAAGGGAAUGAAAACUGGAUUCAUCAAAAUCCUAUAUAUGCUCAAGAAAACUCUACUAUUCAAGUUAAGGAUCAUGAAGCCAUGCAAUUGCAAACACUUGAAGCAUCUAUAAACCUAAUUGACUUGGAUGGUUUGGUAAAUCAAACAAAUCCAAUAUAUUUGAGCUCAGCUUCUCCAAGUGAAUCAUCAGCGGCUGCACCAAUCGUCUCCACCGGUUUAGAUGGACGCGACGAUCCAUGCAUAUCAAGCCAAACUCUUGGUGAAAGCUCAUGGAAUAAAGUUGGAGGAAGUACAAGUUUCAGAGAACAUAUGAAAAAUAAUCUAAAAGAUGAUAGAAAGAAGAGAAGCCUAGAAAGAUAUGGAUCUGUUACAUCAGCUAUUUCAGAGGACAAAGAUAAUGCUACAAAAAAACGAAGGGUGGAGCGUUCACGAAAAAUGGCGGAGGCAAAGGAAAAGAACUUGAUAUCAUCAAUUCCACCAGAUAUGCAAGUUGUCUUGAAGAGAUGUGAAGAUCUUGAGAAGGAAAUUCGAUCACUAAAACUUAAUUUAUCCUUCAUGAAUAGGAAGGAUUCUGAACAAACGAAGCUGAUAGAGGAUCUUCAGAAACAAAAUGAAGAUUUGGCUGAUGAAAAGGAGUGUCUCUGGAAGAGAUUGAAAGAGUUACAUUAG